AUGUUCUUCAAGGGGACUUUGCAGGAAGGCAUUUCGACUGCACUACAGCAGUCGAAACAAGUCAUUUGUUUUGUCACAGAUGGUAGCGAUGAAAGCGAGCAAUGGGAGACCGAAUUUCUGGCGGAGGAUAGAGUCAAGGGACCCCUUGAGGCGCAAGCAGUAACGCUCCGUUUGCAGGCAGGUUCAGAAGAAGCUGGGUACUUGGAAGCGCUUUUCCCCGUGCCCCGGAAGCCAACCGUAGUCGUCAUCCAAGCUGGACAGCUUAAGGAGUACAUUGCGGCAGGGACUUCCAAGGACGAGUUUCUACGGAGACUGAGCCUCGCCCUCGAAGGUCCCUCUCAUCAGGCGCCAGCAAGUGCGUCGUCUGCCACACCAGCACAUACAUCUCAGGAGAGCGCCCCUGCGCCGGCACAAUUGCCCCAGAGCGCCGAUGAGGAUGUCUACGGGAACAGUGCACCCUCAACUUUGUCAGCUCCCCCAACCGAGGAACCACCGCAAGCCUCACCGCACAUCCAGGCGCUCCUAGCGGAGCGGGCGGCCCGCCUCGAGGCCAACAAAACGGCGAAAGAGGCGGCCGCGAAGGCAGAAGCCAAGAAGCGGGCAGAGGAGCAGGCAGCCGCAGGCACGAGCAGCAGUGAGGGCCAGCAGCAGAGGAGCGUCGACGCGGCGGAGAAGAAGCACGCGGACCUCCUACGCAAGCGGAGGCAGGACGAGAAGGCGGAGCGCCAGCGCAUCCUGAGGCGCAUCGAGGAUGACCGGCGCGAGAGGCGGGAGCGCGAGGCCCAGGAGCGGCAGGCGCGGCUGCUGCUCACGGCGGCCACCACGGGAGACGAGGUGGUGGGAGCGGGCAGAGCGGGCAGUAGCUCGGCGCCGCCGCAACGGAGCGACGCCGUUCAGCUUCCCAGCCGCGGCGGCGGUGCGCACUGUAACCUGCAGGUGCGCCUGCUCGACGGGUCGACCAUCCGGAGCCGCUUCCCCAGCGACGCGAAGCUGGGCGGGGAGGUCAGGGGGUGGAUCGACGAGAACCGCACCGACGGGGACGAGCCGUACACGUUCCGCGUCGUGCUGACGCCGCUGCCGAACAAGACGGUCGAGGCGUCCGAGGAGGCGGACAGCCUGCUCGACCUCGGCCUCGCGCCCUCGGCGACGCUGGUGCUGGUCCCCAGGGUCAGGGUGGCCAACGCGUUCGAGCAGACCGGUGGUGCGCUGUACCGUGCCCUCGCGGGGGUCUGGGCGUUGCUCGCCAUGGUGCUGAACUUCCCCUUUACUCUGGUCGGUGGUGGCGGUGCCAGGUCUUCCCGGGCCGGACGGGCCGGCGAAGAGAUCCCCAUGGAGAACUUGGACGGCGAGGGCUCCGCGAGACGUGAAGGUCAGGACCAGAGGGUCAGGGGAUUCCAGAAUCCCGACGAUCGGAGGCGGGACCAACAACUGUAUAACGGCAACUCGCUGAAUUUCGAACCUAGGAACGACGAUGAUGACCAGCACGACACGCAGUAG